UUGGUUUGCGUGUUGCGUAGUUCGAAUUUCGCAAAAAUGGAUUUCGUUCGUAAAAUAAGUUACAGAAAUGACACUAGUUCGGUUUAUUUCCGAUGUCGCAAGUGUAACGUUAAUAAUACUUCGGCGUUCGAAGGUACUUUCGAGGGAAAAUUUGGUAAGAUGUCGUGGGGAACGAUACUCGCUUUCGUCUGGCACCUCAUUUGCAUAGACGGUUCGUCGAAGUCUUCGUGUUUGGCUGUUGCAGUAAGUCACACUACCGGUAUCGACUGGGCUAAUUUCGUUCGGCACGCGAUGAUGGUCUCUCUGUUUAAUUUGACGAGUUUGAAAAUUGGAGGCCCCGGAAAGACCGUGGAAAUAGACGAGACGGUCGUAAGCAAGCGUGGUAAAUACGAAAGAGGGAGGACGCUGAAAGGGACUACUAAGUGGGUGGUCGGCGGAAUCUGUAGAGAAGACAAGAACUGUUUUUUGUGUUUUGUAAACGAUCGCUUCGAAGCCAGUCUAAAUAUGGUCGUUAGCGAGUUCGUCCGGUCCGGAUCUACAAUUUAUACCGACCAAUGGAAGGGAUAUAACCAUAUCGGCGAAUUAGAAGGAAUGGAGAUAAAACACGCGACCGUAAAUCAUUCCGAACAUUUUGUGAACCCGCUCGACGGCGUACAUACGCAGAGCAUCGAAAGGUUGUGGGGUAUUCUCAAGAACAGGAAAAAUCUGCCCAUUCACUACACGGAGGAACUUCACGAUUCCUAUUUAUACGCCUUUAUGUAUAGAAAGCAUCCGAAAUGGGAAAGUCUGAAGCCGGUCGAACGUUUCGGAACUUUUUGCGAACAUUUACGAAAAAUUUAUCCGGAAGCGGACCGCGCGCCCGAAUGGAAGGAGCCAGAAACCGUUCCGGCAGCCCCGGAAGCGAUACCGAAGAAGCGAGCAAGCAGCCCCAGCAAGAGAAAAAAAACAGGAGAGGAAAUACCGUCGCGACGGUGGAAAGAAGCGUGCUAGAGUAGCCGAAUGACCGACGACGACGCCGCCGUCUUUCGUUCGCGCGCGCACCGUCACGUGACUACACUCGUCUCCAAACAGCCACGGCGUCGGGAGCGAGGCUAGCAGCAAAACAGGAAGUGCCGCCAUGACGGUAUACGUAUCUGGAAU